GAGCAGGAGGGCACGCGGGGAGCACCCUUCCCCUUGCAAGGACCCUACAGCCAGAGCCACAGCCGCGCUCGGGGCCAAGCCACCCCCAGCUGACACUCAGGGAAGGGGACGCCAUCGCCCCCGGAGCCUCACCUGUCAGUCCUCUCCUGCAAAGGCGGCUUAGAGGGGGAAAGAGAAGCUUAGACAACCCGACAGUUGCCGACAGCUGGGUAGGCGUGAAAGCCGGCGCUGCUCUCGGUGCCCGUGCGCACACCGCCAGGCUGAAUAACCCUGUGGGAGCCCGCGCUGACGACACCGGAGCCGAGCACGACUUGGUGCCGUGCCGGGCGCUGGGCUGUGGGGGGCAUGCAGCCCCUUGCCAAUGCCCCCCAAUGCCCGCCACCGCCCCAAGCCCCUGGCACAUGCCAAUUCCCCCCAACAUGGCAUGCCUCGCCCCUGCCCCUGCCUCUGGCCUGACGCGCCCGGCUCAGUGUGCUUCCAUUUUGCAGAUGGGAGCUCGGUCACCUGCCAGCCCAUUGGCCUGGAGAAUGGAGCCAGCCCGCCCGCCGAAUGGUUCCAGCGCGCCCAGGGCUCCGGACCGCGCCAGCCCGGCAGCGAGGCGGAGGGUGGCGAGAGGAGCUUCAAAGUGAACCUGUAUUGCAAGCACUCGAGGCCAAGGGAGCUCAAGUGCAACAGCCGCAGCGGCAAAGCCGAGGGUCCCUGCAUCGGCUUCCCCGACUCCCAUGUCAGCAACUGCUCGGCUAAGCGGCACCCGGGGGAGGAGGAGUUCAGGAUGCGCGUGAAGCCCCCGGGCCCGGUGGUCACAUCCAGCGCUGCCCGCAGCUCGCCUGACUACGUCCGAGAGCCCAAGUUCUACUCAGCCGGGCACCCGGGCCAGAGGCCGGCCGCCUGCCCAGCGGAGAAAGCCUUGUCCUGCAGCCUGCUAAGCUUCCCCGAGGGCUCGUGCCCGGUGCUGGGCCGGGAGCACCAAUCCGGACCGCUGCUCCAUGGGGACCCGGCUGACCGGUGCCAGAGCCUCCACGCCAAGGGAGAGGACUUCUCGCCCCCCGGCCUGCUGAGCGACGCCAGGGUGGUGGUGGGGACCGUGGACGAGACUGCCACACACGACCGAGCCCCCAAGACCUUCUCCAAUGCCACGCUGGCCUCUGGCCGCUGCAACGUGGACAGCAUCGUCUCGCUGCUGAAGAGCAAGUGCGGCAACGGGCGCAUCAACCUCCACCCCGUGGUGCAGCUCAUCGACAUUAUGAAGGACAUCACCCGGCUGUCCGAGGACCUCAGGAACAGCGGCCUCCACCUGGACUGCGGCAGCCUGCGGCUCAGCGGCCCCGCAGCGCCCGGUGACGAGGUCCGUCUGCCGGCCGGCGACCGGGACCUGCAGUACAGCUUCUUCUCCUCGCCUACCCUGGCCAACAGCAUCCGCAGCCCGGAGGAGAGGGUGGCACUGUGGACCGCCAAGGCCGAGGCAUCGCUGCCAGGGCGCUCCAUGCUGCACGAGAUGGAGGGGGGCAGGGGGAGUGCCCACCACAGCAGCUCCCCUGCUGCCUCCAAGCUGCCUGGUGAGCCAGGCGAAGCCGGCAGUCCCCCGCCGGACGCCGGCAAUUACUCAGAGCUGGCCGAUGCAGAUAUACUAAAUGAACUGGCCUCUUUGGCCUGCCCGGGCACCCAGCUGCUAGAGCCCCAGUCAAUGGAGCCCCAGUCCCAGUUGCUGCCGGCCCAGGAGCUGGAUUCCCAGUCCCACUUGCUGGACUCCCAGUCUCUGGAAUCGCAGCCGCAGCUCAUCGAUUCCCAGGCUCUGGAGCCCCUGCCAGAGCCCCUGGAGCUGCAGAACCUGGAGCCGUUGCCUGAGCCGCUGGGGCUGCAGUCCCUGGAGCCCUUGUCUGCAUCCCUGGAGCUGCAGUCCCUGGAGCCCCUGUCCGAGUCGCUGGAACUCCAGUCCCUGGAGCCCCUCUCGGAGCCGUUAGGACUCUCGUCCCUCGAGGCGCUGCCCGAGUCCCUGGAGCCACAGCUGCUGGACUCCCAGGCACAGCUCCUGGAUGCCGAGCCGCCCUUGCUAGGCUCCCCGCCGCCGGCUCUGGGGCCCGUCCCCAAGCUGCUGGAUCCCCCCCUGGGCUCACCCGCCUUCCCGCCCCACCUCGGGAGGUGCCCCCUGGGCGCGGUGGGCCGGCGGGGCGGCUGCUCGGGGCGGGGUGCGGGGCGCUGCGGGGACGACCACCGCAAGUACGCGCUGCGCAGAACAGACAAACCAAAGAUCCUCUGUCGCCGCCGGCGGGCUGGGCGGGGGCGGCGCCUGGACAUCUCUGCUGAGACCCGUGUGCUGCCCCUGGCCGUGCCGGUGGAGGUGGCGGCCGGGCUGGCUGAGCCCAGCCUGCCCCCGCUGCCCGCGGCCCCCGUCCCCACCGUGCCGGAGCCAGACGACAGCCAGAAGGCACCUCUGCCCUCCAAGAAGGGCAAGUGCCGCGGGGUGCGCAAGAUGGUGGUGAAGAUGGCCAAGAUCCCUGUGUCCCUGGGGCGGAGGAACAAGACCACCUACAAGGUAUCGUCGCUCAGCAGCAACUUGAACCUGGAGGGCAAGGAGAUGGCGGCCAGCAGCUCGUUAGAGCCGACACCACUGCUGAAGAUGAAGAAUAACGGGCGCAACGUGGUGGUGGUCUUCCCGCCAGGCGAGAUGCCUAUCAUCCUGAAGCGCAAGAGGGGCCGGCCACCCAAGAACCUGAUGCUGGGCCAGGGCAAGCCCAAGGAGCCUGCGCCAGAGGUGAAGAAGAGGAGGAGGAGGAAGCAGAAGCUGGCCUCGCCACAGCCCUCCUACAUCGCAGACACCAACGACAGCAAGGCCGACUACUCGGACGUCCUGGCCAAGCUGGCCUUCCUGAACCGGCAGAGCCAGUGUGCUGGGCGCUGCUCCCCACCACGCUGCUGGACCCCCAGCGAGCCCGAGUCCAUCCACCAGGCACCCGACACCCAGAGCAUCUCCCAGUUCCUGCACCGGGUGCAGGGCUUCCGCCGGCGCGGGGGCAAAGGGGGUGGGUGCGGCGGGCGAGGAGGGGGCCACGGUGCCCGCACCUCCCGCUGCUCCUUCAGCGACUUCUUCGAGGGAAUCGGGAAGAAGAAGAAGCCGGCCGCGGCCCUGCACGCCGACGUCGUCCACCCCCGCAAGAGGGGCCGGCCCGAGCCUGACCCCGUGGGCAAGCCCAAGCGCAAGAGGCGCUCCCGCAAGAACGGGGCACUCUUCCCGGAGCAGAACCCCGGGCAGAGCUUCAGCGACAGCACCUCCGAGUGGGCCGGGGACAAGGGCAGCCCCUGGGCCCCUCACCACGGCCACCCUGCCAGCCAGGCCAGCCGCAACUGCAGCUUCCAGGGCGCAGAGCCCAGGGCUUUCGCCUCCUCGGCGCUGGAGUCCGGCUCCUCCAGCCGGGCCGGCUUCUACGGCGGGAGCACGACAUCCUCCCAGGCUGAGGUCAGCCAGGAGCGGCACAACCUCUUCACCGGCUACUUCCGCUCCCUGCUGGACUCGGACGACUCCUCGGACCUGCUGGACUUCGCCCUGUCAGCCUCGCGCUCAGAGUCCCGCAAGUCCUCGGCGGCCUACACCGCGCCCCCCAACACCAUGCCCAGCCAGCGCGGGCUGGCAUCCUACGCAGGCCGCGGCGGCAAGGUAGCGGCCGCCCCCACCACGGAGGCGCCCUUCCACUCGGUGAUGCAGAGCCGCCCGGCUUUCUCCCACGGGCGAGCGGCCGCCUACGCGGUGUCUCAGGCCGCCUCCGAGUGCCGCGGUGCCGACGCCUUCCAGAAGCUGGUGCCGCCCUCCACUGUCUCGCGGUCGCCCACCGCGCACCCCGCCGCCGGCGCGGCACCCAGCUACGCGCAGUACGGCAGCUUCGGCUCCGGGCAGAGCGUGACGCCCUCCAGCGUGUUCCAGCCGGCCAAGCCAUACGCCGCCACCCAGGACUGCCCCAACAACAAGGACUGCAGCUUCGCCUACGGCAGCGGCAGCAGCCUGCCGUCCUCCCCCAGCAGCGCCCACAGCGCCGGCUACACCCAGCAGACGGCGGGGCCCAACCUGCCCCUCAACAAAGCCGCCUUCUUCAACAGCUCCGAGGGGGGCCAGUUCUCCAGCUCCGCGCACACGCCGCUGCGGUGCGACAGCCGGGCCAGCACCGUGUCCCCCGGCGGCUACAUGGUGCCCAAAGGCUCCAUCUCCUUCCAGCCGUCGCCCGAGAACUGCCGGCAGUUCCCCGGCGCGUCCCAGUGGAACUUCCGGCAGGGCUACGGCGCGCUGGACUGGAACGCCGAGGCCUUCAGCCAGCUCUACAACCCGGGCUUCGACUGCCACAUCAACGAGCCCAACGUCAUCCUGGACAUCUCCAACUACACGCCCCAGAAGGCCAAGCAGCAGACGGUCUCGGAGACCUUUUCCGAGUCCUCCUCCGACAGCACCCAGUUCAACCAGCCGGCCGGCUACCGGCGGGCCAACAGCGAGGCCUCGUCCAGCGAGGGCCAGUCCAGCCUGUCCAGCCUGGAGAAGCUCAUGAUGGACUGGAACGAGGCCUCGUCGGCCCCGGGUUACAACUGGAACCAGAGCGUCCUGUUCCAGAGCAGCUCCAAGCCCGGCCGGGGGAGGCGGAAGAAAGUGGACAUGUUCGACACCUCUCACCUGAACUUCUCCUCCUCUUCCUCCUCCUCCUCCGUGUACCCCUCCAAGAGGAACACGGGACCCCGGCAGCCCCGCGGGUCCCGAGGGGCCUGCGCCUCCAAGAAGGAGAGGGGGACAGGGAAGGCCAAGUUCCCCUCCAAAUCCCAGGCGGUGAACCCGCUCUUCCAGGACAGCACGGACCUGGGGCUGGACUACUACAGCGGCGACAGCAGCAUGUCCCCCCUCCCCUCCCAGUCCCGGGGCUUCAGCGUCAGCGAGAGAGACCCGUGCGACUUUGCCGGGCCCUACUCCAUGAACCCCUCCACCCCGUCCGACGGGACCUUUGUGCAAGGCUUCCAGAGCGACUCGCCUGGCCUCGGCCAGACGGACCUGGAGAGCAAACACUUCCCCACCCUGCCGCACCAGCUGGCGGCCCCGGCCCCGCAGACGGUAUUCGACGCCAGCUUGCAGAAAGCCUUCUCGCCCAACUGCUCCCCGACCCUGGCCUUCAAGGACGACCUGCGGCCGGGUGACCUCCGCAAGCUGCCGGCCUGCGACUCCCUCAAGCACGGCAUGGCGGGCAGCGGCCUGCCUCAUGCCGCCGCGCACAUGGCUUGCCGGGACCUACCCAUGCCUCAGCCCCACUAUGAUUCCCCCAGCUGCAAAAAUCCCAGCUACUGGUACUCUCCCAACUCCAGCACCCGCAGCCCGCCCUACGACAACAAGACAGGGGCCAGCAUGCUGGUGGACUUCAUGGGGAGAACGGACCCCUCCUGCCUCAACCCCCACCUGACCAGCUCCAGCACCGCCGCCGCCUCCAAGGGCGAGAAGGAGACCCUCGAGAUGGCCAGGGCCCACCACCGAGGGGCCUACGCCUGCCCCUUGAUGAAUGACUUGAAUAUCUCCCCAGUCCCAAGAGACUCUAUGCUGCAGCUGCAGGACAACUACAGGUACCCCAGCUUUCCGCCCCAGGGCCACCCAGGCAUGGCCUCCGCCCAGAAGAGCGGGUUUCUGGGGCCUAUGGUCGAGCAGCACCCCGAGGACACUUUUACGGUCACCUCCUUGUAGUGUCAUCUGAAGUGCCAACCGGACAACGAGGUUUUGUUACAGGAGCUAAUUUAGCCAGCACUUUUUCUGGAACACUUUUCAAGUUCUGUAUUUAAAGGAGACCGAGAACUCUUUGUUUGUUUUCUAAAAAAAAAGAGGAAAAAAAAAUUUUAAAAAUUAAAAAUAAAUAAAAAAAAUUUUAAAAAAUCAAAGAAGAGCAAAGGAAGCGAGAGGAAACCCGGAGUUUUUUUGCUUUUUUUUUUUUUUUUUAAAUAAUAAUAAAAA